AUGGAGAACUUGUUGAAACUGCGAGUUGUGCUUCUUCUUCUUCAACUUCAACAACAACAAGCUGCUUGCUUCGGAUGCCACGGUGGAGUAUCUUCCCGGACCAGUCCGUUUUGUGGAACAGGUCUACAAUGGGAGUAUGCCCUCGUUCGUACAAAAUCCACACGCAUGGACAAAGGUAUAAUGGAGAAGUUGUUGUUGAAACUGCGAGUUUUGCUUCUUCUUUUUCUUCUUCUUCUUCUUCAACAACAACAAGCUGAUUCGUAUUCUAAGGUUGAGUAUCUUCCUGGUUGGCAGGGCCGCCUUCCGUUCCCUCUAGAGACCGGGUAUGUUGGAGUUGGCAAAGAUGAGGAGGUGCAACUUUUCUACUAUUUUUUGGAGUCAGAAUCAGAGCCUACUACUGAUCCUCUUUUGGUUUGGCUAUCUGGUGGACCAGGUUGCUCAUCUGUCAUUGCCAUUGUUGAUGAGAUAG